AUGAAGCCCGUUUUGCUCAAAUUGUUUUUGACUCGCGGUAUUCUAAAAGGCGUUGUUCUUGGACGUUUCAAUGCCAAUCUUUCUCGCGAACUUCAAAAAGAAUCCGAAAAUGAUUGCGAACAUACGUGUCAUGGAUCUGCCGAAAAAGUGUCUUGCGUCGAUGGGAAGUGUGUGUGUGCGACCAGAGAAAUUUUCAAAAUUAAUACUUUCAAUUCCGGUGAAGCGGAAGAAAUUCAUUGUUACGAGUGUGUGGCUGGAACUGAUGCUACACACGAUUGUUCAAGAACAGUUGGACUUUUGACGGUGUGUAAUGCUGACACUGGCUGCUUCUUUGACGUGGAUGGAAGCAAAGGGGAAAUUUUGUCCAGAGGCUGUUUAAACAACGAGGAAUAUCGCCCGGAUCCAGCUUGUGCCCUGCGAACUCGCGUCUGCCAACGCCUGGAAACCUCUGCCAGGGCCAGCAUGCGAUGCACCUGUGCUGUGGAUAAGUGCAACAGCAUGCUGGCUGUAUUGCCUUUCUUUUGAUGGUGCAUUUUUCUCCUUUUUUUCUGAACAGUGAUGCAUAGUACGUUUUUGAUGAAAUGCAUUUUGGGAUAGCCUGAGAAAAAAGAAUACAA